CCUAUCUGUUCAUGAUGGCGACAAUGUCGACAACCUGUGUUGAACAGACAAGUAUACGGAUACCUUGAAGGCCCUCAACCCGCGCUUCUCGAGGCGCACACAAAUCUCCGAAGCUCCCCUUACACUGCUCCUUGGGAGAGCUAUUACGACUCCAGAAGAGUCAUACAUCAGUUCUGAAUCAAAUGGUCGGUGGAAGAAACACUGGAACACCACAGUGACCAAAAGCGCCAUCGAGUUCCGCUCCCUCUGCUUCCACAUCCACGAUACUCUCAGGUUAUGCGCCGAUUCUCGAGGCGGCCGGCUAUUGUACACGACAUACGGAAGCUUGAGAGUCUCUAGACAAACGACGCGACCCUGCGAGACAUUCCCACCCCUCGGAUACCAAGACCUACGCCAUGGCUAGAGUCCAGGCGCCACCUCUGCUGUCACAGAUCAGGGUCGCCAGGAGCAAUUCGGAGCAGGCGAUCGCUCUCCGGGCAUUGAAGGACGAGAUAGUAGGCCAUAUCCAGCGGAAGGAGUGGUGGGUUCAAAACGGCAUCCUCGAGCCGCUCGUCGAGAUGCUGCAGAACAAUGUUCCGUCAACGGCAAGGUCGAACGGAAAGGAGCUCCAUCAAACAGGACAGCCAGCGGUCCUCUCCGAGAAUGAAGUGGUGCGGCUGCUGUGCUUGCAAUUGAUUGCCAGCUUCGCAUAUGGCGGCGCUGUCUUCUUUCCUCCCAUUUAUGCCGCCGGCGUGGUUCCUGCGGUCAUUUCGCAGAUAUCUCCUGCGGACAAUCCUCCACAGGUGGUCCUCAUGGCAUUGCGGGCAAUAAGCAACAUCACGGCUUCCGCCCAGCUCACCACCAUCGGCGGCGGCUGCACAAGCAGUCUAUCAGACUCGCUCUUUUCGUCUGGCUCGCUCGACGCCUUGCGUACCAUUCUGUCUCAGGGGUCGUCAGACGCCGUGAUAGCGGAACAGAAACGCCGGGUGGCGAGCCUUAUCAGCAGGCUGUGCAAGAACCCCCGACAUCAAAACGCCUUGGCCGAUGCAGGUGUCCUGGACGCCCUCGCUACGAUGUUGGCGAGCCUCGUUGUAUUCAGAGGGGAAGUUGUCCCGGGGGCUGAACUUGUGGGACAAGCGGACGGCUUGGCCGACAUGAUACCAGAACCAGCGCCGCCUGGCGCCGAUUUGGCUUUAGUCCUGGAGGCACUCUCUACCAUCGUGGCCAACUCACGUUUCCUCUCUUGCUCUUUGUUGUUUUCACCUGCGAUCAUGGCUGUCUUCCCCUCGACCGAGUUCACGCCUCCCGCUGCGGAGUCGAGGGCGGCUUGGAGUGCGCCGGAAAUCAACAGCUUUGGCGGUGUCCGGACCAAGAACCCCGGUGCGAUUGACUAUUUGCUUCCGGCAGUUCCUGUUCCUCAAACCAAAACGCACUUCAGGGGACUCAACGAUUAUCCUCCCCUGGGCUUCUCCCUGUCCCGCGACAACCUUGCUGCGAGUGGCCGGUCUUCAACAUUCAGGUUUAUGGGCGUGGAUCUGGGCCGGCUCGAUGUGCCCGACGAGGAAGAGGACAAUGAUGAGCUAGAGAGCCCGCUCAUACCGUGGCUUAUCCAUCUCGUCCGUUCGACCGACGGUCUCAACAGAGUUAUGGCUGCUUCCCUGCUAACAUCCCUUUUCAAAGCUGGGUUUGCGAGCCCGGAACGGGAACAAGCGCUGGCUUUCCUCGUUGUCCCACUUCUCUGCCAGUUGUUGAAGGAUCACGAUAAGGAGGUACCGGCCUCGGUGCAACAAGCCGCUUUCGUCGAACCCGACACAGCCACGCAGUGGGCGAUUCAGGAGCGGAUACCGGAUGUUCUGGCUCGACUGGUAGGGGAUAGCGAGGUUCUGCAACAGGCGGCCCAUGACUGUGGCAUCAUCAAGAACGUAGCAAAGCUGUUGAAGGACUCUUACGAACCCCAUCCGGUGCAGUCGGCUCCCCGACCAUGGUCGCCCACGCCCGAGCGAGCCGCCGAAUCUGACAAAGGCCUACCCACAUGCCGCCUCGGGCCUACUGGCCAAUUGCCGGCUAUGGCGCACAAGAUCAAGAUUCGGGAGAACGCCAUAAGGCUUGUAGCGGCGAUGGCCACGCUCAGCAAGGACUACCGCGAGGCACUUGUCGAGGCCGAUGUUGUGCCAUACAUUGUGGAAUCAUUAUCGACGUCUCCCGGGAAGCCAAAGAGCCCAAAGGAGAAACCAGCCUCGGAGAAGGGGCCCGAUGGUGGAGAUACUGGCAGCGCCUCGCCGUACGGACCUAAUUCGAAUGCUGUUAUUAUAGCAGCAUGUCAUGCCACCAGGGCGUUGGCACGACUGCCGAGCAUCGUGCGCACAACUCUACAGGACCAUGGCAUCGCGAUGCCCAUCAACAAGUUGCUGAGGCAUCCUGAUGCAGAGGUUCAAAUCGCUGCCUCCAGCGCCGUCAUCAACCUGCUCACGAACUGCAGCCCUAUGGUGGAGCCACUACUCGACGCGGGUAUUGUCAAAACACUGUGCGAGCACGCUCACUCACUCAACCCGGGGCUGCGGCUCAACGCCCUCUGGGCACUCAAGCAUCUGGUGGUAAACCUGGACAACAACCUGCGGAAGCAAUGUCUCGAAGAGCUCGAGCCAGGCUGGCUCGUCCAGCUCAUCAGCGACGACACCUCGGAAGAAGAAGCAUUCCGCGCCCAGGCGCAAUCAGAACGGCGGGCCACCACCAGCCCAGCUGACGACGAGGACGAGGACAUGGAGAACACAGAAACUCUUUACGAAGACGACGUCACGCAUCCCUGGAUCUGGCCAGCCAUGGCCCUCAUCCCGGCCACGACCGCCGCCACCCCUCGCCUCCAACAAGCCUCACUCAAACUCGGUUUGCUCCGCGAGGCAGAGCUCAGCCCGGCGCGGAAGUGCCGCGCGGACACGCUCGCCAUCCAGGAACAAGGCCUCGGCUUCAUCCGCAACCUGCUCAUGCUCCCGACACCGUCCAACCAGACCGACAUGGUCGACUACCUCUUCACCGAGCUGGGGCAGGACCGUCUGUUUGGCAUCCUAGCCGACAAGCUGAAAGUGCGCGUUGUCGGCGCCUUUGGCCGGCGGGGGCGCUCCGCCAGCACAACCCGCGGAGGCGGAAGGAGCAGCGGCGACACGCUCGUCGUCUACCCGCAGCCGCGCAUCGUCGAGAACUUAACGUAUAUCCUCGUACACAUGGCCGCGGGCUUGCCGAGGCACAGACAGCUGGUUGUGGCGCAGACGGAAUUGCUGAGGUUGCUGGGCGGGCACUUCAAUAGCAAGGACGCCGGUGUCAGGAGGGCGCUGUGUCAGCUGUUUAUGAAUCUGAGCUUUCUGGAGGGGGAAGCGGAUCGAGGCGCGUGCUCGCAGCGCGCGAUGGAGCUGGAGAGGUUGGGGUUCUUGGCGAAGCUGGAGGGUUUGGAGAGGGGGGAUGGGGAUUUGGAUGUUAGGGAGCGGGCCAAGGCUGCGGUGGCACAGCUGAAGACGCCUACGGUGUAGUGCAGUGGGUGAUGGUGGUGGUGGUGGUGAUGGUGGUGAGUGCGGUUGAGUGCAGUGGGGGUGACGGGCUAUGUGGCAGGCCCGGGCGACUGACACGGGCGGGACACGGCAGGCCCGGGUAUAGGCAUUGGGAGCGGCUGUAUACAGAUGGACAGGCAAUGUACGUUGGCUAUUGGCUACAGGUACUGCGAACAUGCGAGAAGAUGGGCGCUGCCUAGCUGGCUGGGCAACUUUUGACAUUGGAUGCAUGCAGCGACAACCGUUUAUGUCACAGCGGCGGGUCUGCUCUUCCAUUACCCUGUCCGAGGUUCCUCCUGUACUGUGGGAGUCCUAAGAGAGAUCAAACGAUGGGAACCCUUCGGGACGUCCGCCCCAGCUGUCUCUCGGAUGCAGGCGGGAAGGUGGCGGGUGACAGUUCGAUGAGAGAGGGGCUGAUAAAUCAGGUCCCUAAAACAAACAGAGAAAAGGACCCGGAUACACACGGCUCAUAAGGGAGAG